UAGUAUUGAAAUAUGGCGGCUCCCAUUCUGAAGUGGAAGCGGGUUACCAAUACUACAGGACCGUGUCCGCGACCCAGACAUGGUCAUAGAGCAGUUGCAAUCAAAGAUCUGAUGGUGGUUUUUGGUGGUGGUAAUGAAGGAAUCGUUGAUGAACUGCAUGUUUACAACACUGCCACAAACCAGUGGUUUGUCCCAGCAGUGAGAGGAGAUAUUCCACCAGGAUGUGCAGCCUAUGGUUUCAUCUGCGACGGAACUCGCAUUCUGGUAUUUGGUGGCAUGGUGGAAUAUGGAAAAUAUUCUAAUGAGCUUUAUGAAUUACAAGCUAGUCGCUGGGAGUGGAAGAGGUUGAAGCCCAAAUCUUGUAAAAAUGGGCCACCGCCAUGCCCAAGAUUGGGGCACAGUUUUACCUUGCUUGGAAAUAAGGCAUAUUUGUUUGGAGGGCUUGCAAAUGACAGUGAGGAUCCCAAGAAUAACAUACCAAGAUAUUUGAACGAUCUUUAUGUACUGGAACUUAAACCACAUUCUAACACUCUCUCCUGGGAUUUUCCUCCCACAAUCGGACAGCCCCCUCCCCCUCGGGAAUCCCACACAUGUGUAGGGUACGCAGAAAAAGAUGGCAGAAGGCCCCGUCUAAUCAUAUACGGAGGAAUGAGUGGUUGUCGUCUGGGAGACCUGUGGCAGUUAGAUAUAGAUACAUAUACAUGGAUUAAACCAGUAGUUCAGGGCAUCCCACCUCUACCCAGAAGUCUUCACUCAGCAAAUGUAAUUGGUCAUCGGAUGUUUGUAUUUGGAGGAUGGGUUCCCUUGGUCAUGGAUGACGUCAAAGUGGCAACGCAUGAAAAGGAAUGGAAAUGUACAAAUUCCCUGGCCUCUCUUAAUAUUGAAACAAUGACAUGGGAGCCCUUAGCUAUGGAGGUUUUUGAGGAUUCCCUUCCCCGAGCCCGGGCUGGGCACUGCUGUGUCGCCAUACACACUCGUCUGUACAUCUGGAGUGGGCGUGAUGGAUACAGGAAAGCAUGGAACAACCAAGUCUGCUUCAAAGACUUGUGGUUUCUUGAAACAGAGAAGCCCCCUGCUCCUUCCCGUGUUCAGCUGGUCAGAGCAAGUACAAACACGCUAGAGGUGUGCUGGGGAGCAGUGCCCACGGCAGAUGCUUAUCUUCUACAACUACAGAAGUAUGACCUACCCCCUUCCCAGGCCCUUACUCCCACAGCGGUCCCUCAGACCAACCCCUUGAUGAAGGCAGUCACCACCCCCAGCACUCCACAACCCACAGUGGUCAGAACACCUACUCCAGGAAUUGCACAGAUUCGAACAAAUUCUGGAGCAAUAGGCUCCGUUACCAUGGCAUCGCCACAAACAAUUAGAGUAACAGCAGUAACUGCCAGACAAAAAACACCAAUCACAGUCAACCCUGGAACAAUCAGAGUAGCCUCCCCUCAGGUCGUGACCCUGCCACAGCAGAGAGCUGUAGUAUCUAACACGACUGGUAAUCAGAUGUCUGGUAUUCAGGCUUUGGCAGCUGCCGCGGCAGCCACUCAGAAAAUACCGGGCACCACCACCACUCCAUCCACUCCAGGCAUCAAGGUGGUGACCCCGACUAUUGUAACUCCAACAGGGGUCAAGGUCACACCUAUUGGUAACCAAGCACUGAAAACUACUACCGCCAACCCAACCACCCCCACAGUGAGAGUGGCAACACCUGGAGCCACCAUCCUUAAGUCCACACCUGGAGCCAUUCAACAAACGAUUGGUGGGAAACAGAUCAUCACAGUCCAUAAGGCCAGUACUGGUGGCACAUCAACCACUGGUCAGCCACAGAUUGUUACACUGGUCAAGACAAACCAAGGCAUGCAGGUGGCCACAACAAAGGGGCCUCUGCCACAGGGAGCCACCAUUGUUAAGCUUGUCACCACACAGGCCGGUGGAACUGGUAAACCCACAGCCAUCAUCACCACAAGUCAGCCAGGCCAGACACCAUCAACAAUUCUUGGAAUCAGCAGCGUACAACCGCAGUCAUCCACAACAAAAACCAUCAUCAAAACUAUCCCAUCUUCCAUGUUGUCAAUGGCUAAGGCAGGAACCAGCACUGCAACGACACCAGGUGGUGCUAAAACCAUCGUCAUAGCAGCACCCAAAGGCAGCACUGGGGGGCUGACAGGGACUCCACACAAAAUCAUCAGCUCAGUCCCGAAAAUAGCUGGUCAGGGAAACACCCAGUUCAUAGUGGUCAGUCCACAGAGCAGUGUUGGUGGGGCUCAUACCAUCACAUCAGGUGGUAAGCCCAUACAGGUGACAACUCUACAGACUACGUCAGGCGUUACAUUAGCAGGUCAUCAGAUUGUCACAGCCUCACAAGUCGCCAAGCCAGUCAUUCAGCAAGGAACAGGAGGAACAAUAGUGAAGACUAUUCAGGCCACACCCACAACUCUGGCUGGAUCUGCCACCUCUCUCCUUAUUAACACCACAGCAGGAUCCGCCCCUACACAGUCAACGCCCACAAUCUCGCUCAUCACACAGCCUUCAGUCUCCCAGACACCGGUCACCUUGACCACUCAGACAAUCUCAGCCACACCCAUCCAAGCCACGGGCAGUGGAAAACCAGUCCAGAUAACUAUUACUCCAGCAGCAGCUUCAGCGACUGUCCAGGCCCAGCCCACAGUACAGGUCACACCUACAGUUACACAACCCUGCACUGAUGGUCAUAAUUGUCCAGGCGAUGAAACUCCUCAACCUGCUGUAUGUACGGAUGGCCACAAUUGUCCAGGUGAUGAGACAGCUCAGCCCAGUGCUGUUUGUACAGAUGGGCACAAUUGUCCAGGUGAUGAAAACCCAAAGCCUGCUGUAUGCACCGAUGGUCAUAACUGCCCAGGAGAUGAAAAUCCACAACCAUCUAAUGUAUGCACAGAUGGACACAAUUGCCCUGGUGAUGAAGUUGAUGGAGUUCCCCCUGCUGCUAAAGGACAAUGUACAGAUGGACAUAAUUGUCCAGGUGAUGAGAAUGCACAGUCCCAAAAUGUUUGUGCUGAUGGGCAUAAUUGUCCUGGUGAUGAGAAUCAGUCACAGUCUUCUAAUGCCUGCACAGAUGGACACAACUGUCCUGGGGAUGAAAACCCCCAGUCUGGAGUCUGCACUGAUGGACAUAAUUGCCCAGGAGAUGAGAACCAGCAGCAACCGAAUGUUUGUACAGAUGGCCAUAAUUGUCCUGGGGAUGAAAACCCUCAGCCUGGAGUGUGUACAGAUGGGCACAAUUGCCCAGGUGAUGAAAACCCUCAGCCUGGAGUGUGUACAGAUGGGCACAAUUGCCCAGGGGAUGAAAACCCUCAGCCUGGAGUGUGUACAGAUGGCCACAACUGCCCAGGUGAUGAAAACCCCCAGCCAUCAAAUGUAUGCACAGAUGGCCACAACUGUCCUGGUGAUGAGAACCCAGACCAAACUGCAGGGCAGCAGGCGACCUCUGACCUCUCAGAUAGUGCUGCUGUGGUGGCUCCCUCUGUCCCACUGGACACGAAUGCUGCAGUGUCUGUGUCGGAGCAAGUUCCUGCAAUCCUGAUGCAGGAUACUGAACCUAAAAUGGAACCAGAAGCCAUGGACACAGUGGCAUCAGUGGACGCUGCUCAACCAGAGUUACCAGUAACACAACCACAGGAGGUAGCGCCAGCACCAGAGGUGGCACCGGCACCAGAGGUGGCGCCUCCACAGGAAGCACCUGCUCCAGACUCCACAACAGCAGUAACUGCAUCACAAGGAGAGAUAACUUCUAUUGUUCCAAAGCAGGAAGAGCCUAUGGAUAUUGGGCCAGCCCCUGUAGCAACCCUCCAGGGGGCAAUAUUGAGUGUUGGACCUCCUGUUGGGGCAACACCUCCUCAGCCAGUAGAUACUUCAGCAGCAGACUCUGAUCCUUUGGCAACUCUGGCUUCAGCAGCAAUAUCAUCUGGCACAGCUCAGACCACAAUUAAACAGGAGCCAGGCGUUCUAGCAGCCAAUGGAAUUAAACAGGAAGUGCAGGACAAGCCUGAGGCCAUCCCCAGGACACCGACAACACCAGUGAAGAAGGAGGGUAACCAGUGGUAUGAUGUGGGGAUCAUUAAAGGCACUUCAUGUGUUGUGUCUCACUUUUAUCUCUCUGCUGAUGCCUUGCAAGCUAGCGGUAAUGGAAAUGACAUAGAUGUUGUGAAUGUUGGUGAUGUGAAUGUCUUGAAGAAACAAGAACUCCUUCCAGGAACAGCCUACAAGUUCCGCGUGGCUGGGAUCAAUGCAUGUGGGCGAGGUGCAUUCAGCGAGAUAUCGGCCUUCAAGACCUGUCUACCCGGCUACCCUGGUGCCCCCUCCGCCAUCAAGAUCAGCAAGGUAGGAGGCAAGAGUACAGAAGGUGCCCACCUAUCCUGGGAACCUCCACAGAAUACAGCUGGCAAGAUCACAGAAUACUCUGUAUAUCUGGCUGUACGUAAUGCUGCUGCCCAUGUAGAUCAGAAACCUGGAGCUCCCGCCCAGCUGGCUUUUGUCCGAGUUUACUGCGGCCCUGCCCCCACCUGUACAGUGACUGCAGCUAGCCUUGCAUCAGCGCACAUUGACUACACAACAAAGCCAGCCAUUAUCUUCAGAAUCGCUGCUCGUAAUGAGAAGGGUUAUGGUCCAGCUACGCAAGUCAGGUGGCUUCAAGAUGCCCAGAGUCCUGCUGCUCAAAAAGUUGCCAUCAAAAGAGCCAUCCCAGCUCAAGGGGAUGGACCCCAGGUGGUUGGAGGUGGUCAAGUGAAGAAGCUGAAGACUGACGAGGAAAAUGAGAAAUCAAUGUAAAGAGAAAAAUAAAAGGCCAAAGGGAAGCAACUCGUGAUUGGCUAUCCAAAGUGACCUAUCCCGAUUGUCAGAAGAUGGGACAAUUUGUGUGCUUAUUUAAAAGUAUAUAAAAAUAUUUAUAUACACUUUUACUGCAAUGUUAUCUUGAUGUUGAAGUUCUUGAACGAAAUUUUAUUUCUGUUGUCACUCAUAAUUAGCAGCUAAAUCUUUGUAUUAUUCAUAGGGCAUCUAUCAUUAUUUUUAUCAUCGUCUUCAUUGUUAGAUUGUUAGACCAGUGGACUCGCUCUCAGCAUUGCUGUUUAUCAUUCCUGUUGUGACUGCUAUUCCCUUCCUGUUGAAAUAUUUUUAUCGUGUACAUCGACUUUGUUUACAGCAAUUGUGUAGGUCCCUUGUAUACAAUCAUGUCAAAGUAGAUUCAUACGGUUUCUCUCGUCAACAUGUAACUUCAAUUUAAAGUACAUAUAUUUAAGAAAUUACAUGAGAAUUAAAUGUAGGUUAUUUUUACCAUUACUUUGGGAGAAUCAAAUAUUAGAAAUAUUGAUAUUUUUAUCAUUCAUUAAAAUUGCUGAUGUGCAGUGUUUCAUAUGUAUUGGAGGUCUGCAUACUGAAUGCUUCAUUUGUUUGAAGAAGUGCAAUUCUUUGUUAUUUUUUUUUAUGUAUAAAUGUUAAUGACUUUUUAAAGUAGUGAUUCAAUUUAGAGUUUUAGUGGUUUAGGAAUUAAAGAAGAUCUGUGCAUACACAUGUAUAAGGAAUAUUAUUUUUACAAAUUAUCAUACAGACAAUAUUAAAAUUGAAUGCAGUGUAUUUUUGCUUUGCCAGAGUUGGUUUAUUCAUUUCAAAUAUUUUUUUUUAUAUUUUCCCCCCAUAAGUUAUUGUAAUAAAUGUUAAAGUAAAAGCAAUUAAAUCUGUAAAAUACUCGACCAUCCCUGAUAAAAUUUUCUGUGGAAGCUAUUCUCCCAGUGCAGUCAAUGUGCUACACAAUGUCAUAGAUCUGUCAAUAUUUUGUAAAUAAACUGUAUAUUUUACAAUUAAUUAAAAUAAUUAAAAAUCAU